AUGGCAAGCGCAACAUUUGACCGACGUGGGGCAACGCUGGCGAAGGGCGUGCUGGUGACAGUGCACGACCUGUACGCCGGAGCUCUGCCUCUGCAGAUUCUAGAGACCUACCUGCAUGUGGUGCGCGGCUACGAUGUUCAACCUUUCCGUUUUCGACCGCGCGCACAGGACCUCGCCACUUCGGGCAGAGAACUAGCCCAGUUCUUGAAGAGGCGGAAGCCGCACACGAUGGACGAAGCUGUUGAUUUCGUGACGCACGGAUACGGCUCGUUGGUGUUGCGAGAAGCGUUCCGAUCUGUAGACUGGAACCACACCAAAUCUAAAGUAGUCAUGCUGGCACCGCCAAAUCGAGGGAUUCGGUACCACAAGUCGAUGAAGAAACACGUAGGGAUGGCAGGAUAUGGUGGCGUGGCAGCCGAAGAGCUGGCGACGUUGAGUGCUGAAGAACUGGACAAGCGACUGGGUAAACUACCACAACGAUGUUACCCUUUGGUACUUGCUGGAAAGCUGUGCCUUAAUCCGUUUAACCAACACAAUUAUCCGAACGAUGGACUCGUUAUGGUGGAGGAGACGGAACUACCAGGGCAAUUUCGACAGCAGAUUAUUGGUGCUCCACAUUAUUUACUACCGUCCCACCCCUCGGCGAUUGAACUUACACAGUCAUUUCUAGGGGCCUGA